GGGGUCUCGACGGGCUUGGUCGUGUGGGCUGGACGGCCCACCUGCCCGCACUGCGAGUGCUCGCCGGUGCUGCAUUGUCCACCUUUGACCUGCUCGACCGGUCACGUGGCCUACACCUCGCCGCUGACCCCGCUCGCGCUGGUCUUCACGUGUGCCUGCGUUGGUGUCGUGGCUUUCUCCGCUGGUCGCUUGACGGGUGUGAGGGCUAGUACCGAGCUGAACCCCGAGGACCUGGACGCGACCGCCCGAGCUCAGGUGGCCCAGUACCGGUCGAAGGUGGGCGAUUUCUGCGUGGUGAGGUACAAUGUCGGGGGCCCAUAUCUGUACCACGAGCGGCUAGUCACCUACCUGCCGCUUGGAGCUGGGCUGACCGUCUCAGUCACCACCCCCGACGGUGACGAAUACGAGGAAGUAUGGAGCAUGCCAGACAUCGUCGAGUGGGAGCCGCUGCCGAAUCGACAGCAAGGAGGCGUCCUGCUGGGUCGGCCCGGAGCUCGAUACUACCGCUUCCGGGUCGGCGCGAUGCCGAGCGCCGCGAGCCUCGCGGCGUCGACCACGGCCGCGGCCGCCCGCCUCGGCCAGCCCGCGCCUGUGGGGCCCGUGGCGCCAGCCCUCGGUGGGCGCAUCGCCGAGCUGCCAGCGGGAGGUGCCUUGCCAGGUGCGCCCGUGGCCGGAGGCGCUGUCGCACCGCCCGGUGCUGUGCCAGGCCCGCCGGCGGCGGCCGCCGCCGCCGCUCUCGGAGGCGUGGCCCCGGCGGCCGGGCUGGGCGGCCUGGUGGCAGCGCUCGGCGGACCAGCAGCAGGAGCGCCUGCAGGAGUUCUUGUCCCCGCUCCACUUCCGCCAGCUGCUCCAGCCGCAGCCGGCGCCGCGGCCGCCGCGGCCCCAGGGGCCGGCGCGGCGCCUGCCGGUGCUGCCGUCGGCGCGCCCUUGCUUGGCGCGGCAGGCGCGGCUGCAGCCGUUGCACCUCCUCCCGCAGCCUUUGGGGGCGUCCCCGCCGCUGCGGUGCCCGCUGGCGGCCACGUACAGGAUGCGCGGACGCUCCCAGUGGUCUACGACAUGGUGGGCAACCGUCGGCGGGAGUUCCGCGACGCGGUGCUGGCGUGCCGGGAGGACCAGUGGGAGGGGUGGCCGGUGCGCGCCCCCCGCACCACACACUGGGCCCUCCGGUGCACCGUCGACCACGGCGGGACCCCAACUGGGAUGCACUCUCGAUGGCGGAGCGAAGCUCGUCUCCGGGAGCACGAGCCUGGAGUGCAGGAGCACGACCGGGCCUGCAGGGCGCUGGAGGAGCUGCUCUGUUUCGACCAAUGCAACGGGGCCAACCUGGCGGCCGCUGAGCUGCUAGCGCGCGCCAUCCAGGUGCAGCAGGAGCGCUGCCGGGACAGGAGCGCUGGCGGCUCGGCCAGUGGCGGCCAGGCGGCCGGCGCGACUCCCCGACUGAGACGCCUGUGGACCGCGGUGCUUCUACCGGUCCGAUCAACAGAGAGGUUUUUGACGCGCUGGGACACAGUGUUCGCCAACGUGAUGUUUUUCCGCUGCCCCCUCUGCGCCGGGACCAUGCCGGCGCAGCGGGCCGCCAGCGGCACGCAGUGGAUCACGUCGAGUCUCGAGUACGUGCGCUUGGCAAGCCCCCACCUGAGGCAGGAGUCCAUAUCCUGGCCCUCGCCCGACCUGCAGCCAGUUCCACUGACUGCCUGCCUUGGCGAGGCCGAAUCUGAGUGGCUGGGCCGCUGGCAGAGCACCCUGCUCAGGCCAGAUAGACCUACAGCUGCUGAACGCGCUGAGUUCUGCCCUCGCGGACCUUUUUUUGACCCCAGUCUCUUCAGUAAGCCUCUGCUCUACGCCGAUUUUGUCGCCGAGUUGCUGGCUCGCGGCAUGGUGGAGCUGAAGAGGGACUGCGACGCGGCCACCGUCGGCUGCUUCUUCGUCGCGAAGAAGAACAAGAAGCUGAGAGUGAUAUUUGACACGAGGUAUGCCAACCUAUUUUUUGGUCGACCGGCUCGGACUGCGUUGCCGACUGCGACGGCCCUCGCCGCCUUCGAGAACCCUGGGCACGACGCCUACUUGGCCUCAGGUGAUAUCGACAACGCCUUCCACAGACUACGAUUACCUGACGGGCUGUCCUCAUACUUCAGAUUGCCCGCCCUGGAUGCCAGCCUGCUCGGGAUCACGCACCUGGGCGGGGCCCCGCUCGCGCGAGGGGCGCGAGUGCAGCCCUGCGUGUGCGUCUUGCCGACGGGCUGGAGCCAUGCGCUGGCCCUCUGUCAGGGCGUGCUCCGACGCGCCAUGGGCACCGCGGGGUUCACCGUGGACCAGUGCGUCGAGGGCGGGAAGGCGGGGGUCGUGGUCGACCGGGAGGGCGCCGUGGCGGUUGCCGGCUAUGUCGACAACUACGCCGCCCUGGGACGCUCCCCGGCCCUCGUCGACCAGGCCGCCCUUGCCAUCACGCGCGUGCUGACGGAGAGGGGGCUUCUCACUCGCGAUGAGGAGCCUGCCGCGCGGGACACCACCUUCGUAGGGCUAGAGCUGAAGAGAGGGCGACAUCUUUCGAUCAAGGCCAG